AUCCACCAAUUUAAACUUUUGGGUUGAAUUGAUUCUUUACAAUCAAAGCAUAGGAAUGCUUGAUUGAAAAAAUAUUCAAUAAUAUUUGCACUUCUCUCACAGUUUAAGCCUUAUGAGGUUGGGGUGUGAUCUCUUGCAACACUGCUUCACUAGCUCUUCUUCUGAUACAUUUCCAAAGGAUGAAAAGUUGAAGUGGCAAAUCUUCCACUAUAACGAACUUGCCAAAGCCACAAACAAUUUUGAUCGAUGUAAUUGUCGUGGAUGGGGAGACUUGGACACAGUAUAUUAUGGCAAACUUGACAAUGGAUUAGAGAUUGCAAUUCAACGCUUUCAUGAAGAAAAGCGCCAAACAUUUCAACAGUUCAUCAAUGAAAAUAUGAUCCUAAAUUACUUGCCCCACAAAAAUCUUGUGACGAUUUAUGGGCGCACCUCUGAUGAGGAAUCCAUGCUAGUACAUGAAUACCUCUCCAAUGGCACUCUUGCUGGUCAUCUUCAAUGUGAAAUUGCAGAAAGCAGCACGUUACCUUGGCUUACCCGAUUGGAUAUUGCCAUUGAUACUGCAAAAGCAUUGGUCUAUCUUCACUCUCAUGGCAUCAUCCACUCUGAUAUAACUUCAAGCAAUAUUCUCCUAGAUAAGAACUUUUGUGCUAAAAUUUCUAACUUUCUAUUAUCAAGGAAACAUCCAGAGGGAGUUUCUGCCAAUGCUACUACACAUGUUGCAAGUGAUAUAAUAGGAACAUGUGGUUAUAUAGAUCCGGAGUAUCAGCAACAUGGCUGUCUUAGCGUACAAAAUGAUGUGUAUAGUUUUGGGGUGGUGUUGAUUGAACUUAUAUCAUCAAAGCUUGUUAAUUAUUGGGAAGGGAGUGACGAUGAUAGCUUUGCUACUAUUGUAAGCAGAAAAAUCCAAAACCAAUCAUUGGAGGAGCUAGUGGAUCCAAGACUUGGCUUCCAAUCAGACCAUAUCAUCAAGAAGACAAUAAUUGCUGUAGCAGAGCUUGCAACUCGUUGCUUGCAAUGUCCACUAGAGCUAAGGCCAUACAUGGUACAGGUGCUAGGAACUCUCCAGUCUGCUUGUGUUGAUGAUGAUAUUGUAGAUUCCAUUGAAGACUUGACAUUGAAUAAAAAGGGUGAUAGCACUAAGAAAAAAACAAGCAAUGACACUGAUCAAAGUAAGCAAUCAAGUGAGCAACAAGAUAUUCCUAAUGUUUCAAAUUCUUCAACCUUGCUGAACUUAAAGAAGCCACUGGCGGUUUUAACACUAGUCUUGGAGAGGGUGGGUAUGGCACUGUAUAUUAUGGUAAAAAGCUGA